UUGAGAGCUACCAUCUUUUAUUCAACUUGCUUAUAUUCGGUUUGUUUAUUUUUACGUUAGAUUCCUUUGUAGAGCAGCGCAAAGAAACGGCCAUGAACAUCACGAGAUGACUAUUUCAGCGGCAUCCACAUUUAUGUGGAAUUGCAAUGUUUGAAAUUGUUCUGUGAUUCGACGCGCGGAAAUUCGAAGUUUGCGGGUUCCGUAGAUUUCGACAUGACCCAGCAGACAAGCCUACUACACAUUGGUGAUAUAGUCUCCCUGUUCGCCGAAGGAACUGUAAAUGGAUUUAUUAGCACACUUGGGCUGAUCGAUGAUAGAUGUGUUGUGCAACCUUCUGCAGGCGACCUGAACAAUCCACCGAAAAAGUUCCGAGACUGCCUAUUCAAGGUUUGUCCUUCCAAUCGUUACUCUGCCCAAAAACAGUUCUGGAAGGCUGCGAAACCGACUACAAGCGCCACAGAUGCCGUGUUACUGAAAAAACUUCAUCAUGCUGCAGAGUUGGAAAAGAAACAGAAUGAUUCUGAAUACAAGAAGUGUUUGGGAAGUGUGGUAGAAUAUGGAGGAGUCAUUCAGCUGCUACAUGUGAAGAGUAACAAGUUUCUGACAGUAAACAAACGACUUCCAGCCUUGAGGGAGAAAAAUGCCAUGCGGGUUACAUUGGACACCAAUGGAAAUGAGGGAUCUUGGUUUUAUGUUGUUCCAUUUUACAAGCUGAGAUCUUCUGGAGACAAGGUUGUCAUUGGAGACAAAGUUAUAUUAAACCCAGUCAAUGCAGGUCAACCACUUCAUGCAAGCAACCAAGAACUAAUUGACAAUCCAGGGUGUAAGGAGGUCAACUCUGUGAACUGCAAUACAAGUUGGAAGAUAUCACUCUUUCUUGCCUAUGAAGACAACAGUGAUGAGGUCUUGAAAGGGGGUGAUGUAGUCAGAUUGUUUCAUGCAGAACAGGAAAAGUUUUUGACAGCAGAUGAUUACAAAAAGAAGUCAUAUGUGUUUCUGAGAACUACAGCAAGACAGACAGCCACAUCAGCCACAAGUUCCAAAGCGCUGUGGGAAGUAGAGGUUGUCCAACACGAUCCUUGCCGGGGAGGGGCUGGGCAUUGGAAUGGUUUGUUCAGAUUCAAACAUCUGGCCACUGGAGAUUACUUGGCAGCAGAGACUGAUGAUGACCCUACGAAAGACACAACGAGACAAAAACUGAAAGGCAAUGGAGCUGUGUGUCACCUUGUUCCUGUCCCACAUGGAAACGAUGUAGCCUCAAUUUUUGAGCUGGAUCCUACAACACUGACAAGAGCAGACUCAUUAGUGCCAAGGUCAUCUUAUGUUCGUCUGAGACAUCUCUGCACAAACACCUGGGUGCAUUCCACUUCAAUACCUAUUGACAAGAGUGAAGAACGACCUGUCAUGCUUAAGAUUGGUACAGCAAGUAUCAAAGAAGACAAAGAAGCGUUUGCAAUUGUUCCAGUCCCUCCAGCUGAAGUGAGAGAUUUGGAUUUUGCCAAUGAUGCCAGUAAAGUAUUGGGCUCUUUUGCAAACAAAAUGGAAACAGCAAAUUACACUCAGCAUGAAAGACGAUUUGUGACACAGCUGUUAUCUGAUCUUGUUUACUUCGUGACGGAACAUGACACUGGAAGGGAAGACGUCCUUAAUAUUUCUGUUCAAAAUCCAAAUAGAGACAGACAGAAGUUGAUGAGGGAACAGUAUAUAUUAAAAGAGGUUUUUCAUCUCCUUAAAGCUCCUUUCACUGACAAAGGUUUAGGUCCUCUUAUGGGGAUUGAGGAACUUUCGGAUGCAAGACACGCCCCUCUCCGACACAUAUUCAGACUCUGUUACAGGGUGCUGAGACACUCACAACAAGAUUACCGCAAGAACCAGGAGUAUAUUGCCAAGCAGUUUGGCUUCAUGCAAGCCCAGAUUGGCUAUGACAUUCUGGCCGAAGACACCAUAACUGAUCUGGUCCACAACAACAGAAAGCUGUUGGAAAAACACAUCACUCGCACAGAAAUAGAAACGUUUGUCAGUUUAGUUCGAAAGAAGAAAGAAUGCAGGUUUCUUGAUUACUUGUCCGACCUGUGUGUCUCUAAUAACACAGCCAUCCCAGCAACACAGGAACUAAUCUGUAAGACCGUGCUCUACUCUAGUAAUUCAGACCUGCUCAUUGAAACCAGAAUAAUUGAAGGAGAAGUGUUCCUUGUAUGGGAUAGUGGUAACAAAAAAAAAUCGCAAAGAGACUUGGCACGAGGUGCUAAGAUUGGAGUCAAAGAUGACGUCAAAAUCCUGGAUUACUAUAGGUACCAGUUAAACCUGUUUUCGCGGAUGUGUCUGGACAGACAGUAUCUUGCUAUCAACAGCAUCAGCAAGCAGUUAGAUGUGGACCUUAUACUUAGAUGCAUGGCAGACAAAGAUCUGUCUUGUGACCUAAGGGCGGCUUUUUGUCGGUUGAUGCUCCACAUGCACAUAGAUCGGGAUCCUCAAGAACCAGUUACACCUGUUAAGUACGCCAGACUGUGGUCUGAGAUCCCAACUGAGAUGAGCAUUGAAAUGUAUGAUCAGCAUCUUGCGGUUGGAGAGGAGAGGGAAGAGAACAGACUGAGAUUUUCAGGAGUUAUUUCAUUUGUGGAGAAUUACCUUCAAAAUAUCAGCAGCAACAUUUGGUCUUUCAGCGAUAAGGAACAAAAUAAACUUACUUUUGAGGUUGUGCAGAUCGCAAGGAAUCUGAUCUACUUUGGUUUCUAUGGCUUCAGUGAAUUACUUCGUCUGACUCAAACAGUGCUGUCAAUCGUAGAUUGUGAGCAGCGAGCUCAUGGCGGCAUCAGAACCUCAGAAAAACCAACAGUUGGUGGGAUUGGUGAGAAGAUCAAUGUGAUGCGAAGUAUUCACAAUCUGGGCGCAAUUAUGACACGUAUGGCGUUAGGAGGGAACCAAGAUCCAUGGGGGCUCACACAGCAACCUGAAGGAGGCCCCAAGCCCGAGACCGAGAUUGACCACGUUGUCAUGGAGACCAAGGCCAAGAUAAUUGAAAUUCUGGAGUUUAUAAUGAACGUUCGACUUGAUUAUCGCAUUUCCAGUCUGCUGACAAUCUUCAAAAAAGAUUUUGAUGAAAGUAACGCAGGCUUGGCUGAUAUGGGAGGAGAGAAUGGAAAUAAACGACGCUGUAAAAUUGAUAAAGAUGGUGUACCUCAUUACCUUGGACCUCCUAACUGGAUUGAUUUGGAAAACAUCAGUCAGCAAGCUGAAGCUAUAUUUGGAGGCUCCACGGGACUUAACGAAAUUGACCUUGACCUUGAUGGUCAGGGGGGCCGCACCUUUCUCCGUGUCCUGCUUUACCUAUGUAUGCACGAUUAUCCUCCCCUGGUGACAGGAGCUUUACAGCUUCUUUUCAGACAUUUUAGUCAGAGGCAGGAGGUGUUACAAGCUUUUAAACAGGUUCAGCUACUGGUGUCCAAUAGUGAUGUGGAGAACUACAAACAGAUCAAGUCUGAUUUAGACGAGCUUCGGUUGUUAGUGGAAAAAUCUGAGCUGUGGGUGUACAAGAGCAAGAAGGAUCUUCCUACCGAGAGCAGAGUCAGGAAGAUAACACCCGGGCUGGUCGGGCUGAGGAUGGAGGGAGGCAGCAGCAGUAAGGAGCCGGAGCAGAGGAAAGAUAGCCUGGAACAGCAGGAUCUGGAAGUUGUCAGUUUGAACACGACACAGGACCCGGCUAGUAGUGAUAGCGAGGGAGGCGGUCCAAAGGUAGAGCGUCAAAGGAUGGUUAGCGAUGGUUCCAUUGAGCUGGAGGUCGAACAGUCAGACACUGUUUCGCUAAAGAACUACAAGAAAACUGAGGCGAUUUUGGAACGCCUCAGCAAUCUUUGUGUUUCUUCUUAUGGGACACCCAGUGUGAAAAAUCGUAAACACGAGCAAAGAUUAUUGAGAAACAUGGGGGCUCACACUGUAGUCCUAGAGUUACUACAAAUACCGUAUGAAAAGAAUGAGGACUUGAGGAUGGAAGAUAUCAUGGGGCAAGCCCACGAGUUCUUACGAAACUUCUCUCUGAGCAAUCCACAGAACCAGUCUCUUCUCCACAAGCAUCUGGAUUUAUUCCUCACCCCAGGGCUAAAAGAGGCUCACACAUUGAGGUACAUCUUCAUGGAAAACUCAGGGCUGUGUUACGAGGUCACCGAGAAAGUUGUGCAACAUAUCGUUCACUGUGUUGAGACACAGGGCCGCCAUGUUGAAUAUCUGAGAGCUUUACAAACCCUGGUGAAGGCGGAAGGACAGUCAAUUAGAAAGACACAGGACAUGGUUAUGGCUGAGUUAGUAAACGUGGGUGAGGAGGUUCUGGUCUUCUACAGUGAUCCCCAGUCCUUUAACUCUCUUGUGGACAUGAUGCAGGGAGAACGAGAGAGACUGGACGAAGCUGGACCUCUGUUGUAUCAUAUCAACUUGGUGGAACUGCUGGCCUGUUGUACCGAGGGCAAAAACGUGUACACAGAAAUCAAGUGUCACAGUUUACUUCCGCUGGAUGAUAUCGUGCGAGUUGUCACUCAUCCGGAUUGCAUCUCGGAGGUGAAGAAUGCCUAUGUAAACUUUUUGAAUCAUUGCUAUGUUGACACGGAGGUGGAAAUGAAGGAGAUAUACACCAGCAAUCACAUCUGGACUCUGUUUGAGGACUUUUUAGUCGACAUGGCUCGGGUUUGUAACAACACGUCUGACCGAAAUCACACGGACACCAUGUUAGAAAAAUACGCUACAGAAACCAUCAUGAACUUGUUAACCUUUUUCUUCAAUUCUCCUUUCUCCGACUCUAGCACAACAAUAAAGUCUCGGCAACCCGUGUUCGUUCGUCUCCUCCGCGGUGCCUUCCGACUUUCACAGUGUUCAUGGAUGAGUGGCUCGCAGAAAUACCACGUGGAGACUUGUAUCAAGACCUUAUCUGAUGUUGCAAGGAAUCGAGGAAUUGCAAUCCCAGCAGACCUUGAGAGCCAGAUCCAAGCGUUGUUCACUCGGUCUCAGUUGGUGAUGAAACAUACUCGGCACUGGCUCAGCCACGGAAAGGGCCGAAGGGACUCAAUUAUGAACCUCUCUAGAGACUAUAGGAGCAUUAUUGAGGGGUUGCAGGAUAUUGUUUCACUGCUUGAGGACCAACUUCGUCCUCUCGUUCAAUCAGAGUUAUCCGUGCUGGGUGAUGUACUGUAUCGGCCAGAAUUGAUGUUUCCUCAGCAGUCUGAAGCUUGGCACAAGUCUAAGUCAGGAGGGUUCGUCUCCAGGUUGAUAACUCACGCUAAACAGCUUCUUGAGGACAACGAGGAAGCAUUAUGCGUCCGAGUGCUACAGACGAUCAAGGGAAUGAUGGCACGUGACAUCGACUUUGGAGAAAAGGGUGAUGGAUUGCGUUCAUCACUGUUAGGCCGCUACUUUGGCACAAAUUAUCACAUCAGGAUUGGCCGUGACGCUAACAGCAAGAGCUUGAUUGACAGCAACAGCAAGAAGACCGCUAGUCAGAUGGUAAACUCGGGGCCUGGGGCCGAGAUGUUGUCACGCGCGGGCGUCACGUUGUGUGAGAUGCAAGGACGACUCGACAAGUGCGGUGCAUCCGAUCUUAUUAUUGAUCUUAUAAUGGUGCAGCCCAACCUCAGAGUGUUUCUAGAGAUACUCGAACUAGCGAUUGCCCUACUUGAAGGAGGAAACAAUUCUAUUCAGAAAUCAUUACUCCAUCGGUUUACAAACGGUAAAUGUGAAGAUUUCUUCCGCUACAUCUACGAUAAAAUGAGAGACGCGGAGGCCGAAAUCCGGGCGACAAUCACAGUUCAAACAACAGAGUCAACUGUAGCAAAGAAGAGCGAUAAAGAUGUGUCCCAUGCGAAGACCGCCGAUGGACGGAGAGGUACUGUGUUCGGUGGACGAAGAGACACCCUAAUUGCAGGCUCUAUGAUGGGUAUCAGCGAAGACGUGAAGGAGCAAUUAUCAGAUGCAGCUAUGCACACGGGAAAGGCCUACGCAGCCGUAAGAAGGGGCCGAGACCCGGAAGCUGAAGUGGAGCCUUCGAGGCCCAUGCCUAAUAGUUCACUUUUUGGGACCGAUCUUCAAAGCGCCUCAGGCAAGCAUGAAGUCAAGACCAUGUCCCCUGAGGUGCUUGUCAUGAAGCCUAUCCUCAGGUUCCUACAGCUCCUUUGUGAGAACCACAACAGGGACCUUCAGAAUUACAUCCGCAAACAAGAUCACAGUAAGACCAACUACAACUUGGUACACGAGACUCUUCAAUUUCUGGACUGUAUCUGCGGUAGCACGUCUGGGGGACUGGGCCUGCUCGGUCUAUACAUCAACGAAAGUAACGUGGGACUAAUUAACCAAUGCCUGGAGAGUUUAACAGAGUACUGUCAGGGACCGUGUCAUGAAAAUCAGACCGCCAUCGCCCUCCACGAGUCAAAUGGUAUUGAUAUUGUCAUAGCUUUAGUACUGAACGACAUCAACCCGCUAGGAAGACAACGGAUGGACUUGGUGCUGGAACUUAAGAACAACGCAUCAAAAACCCUUCUGGCCGUUAUGGAAAGCCGUCUCGAUACAGAAAAUGCCGAGAGGAUUCUGUACAACAUGACACCUCAACAACUGGUGGAUGUUUGUAAACAAGCGUAUAACCAGGAGGACCUUGAAGAUGAGAAUGAAUGUGAAGUUUCUUGUCGCGAUGUCGGACACAACAUUUUCAUACUAGCUCAUCAGCUUUCACAUCAGAAUAAAGAUCUGGCGAGUUUACUCAAACCAAGUGCGUCAGCAGAAUCGGAUGAGAUGCACGGUGACAGCGCUCUGGAGUAUUACGCAAAACAUACGGCGCAAAUCGAGAUUGUUCGUCGCGAUCGUACAAUGGAACAAAUUGUUUUUCCUGUACCGAACAUUUGCGAGUUUCUGACCCCUGAAAGCAAACUAGACGCGUAUCAGACGUGUGAGAGAGACGAUCAGAACAGCAAGAUUUCAGAUUUCUUCGAUAGAACCGAGGAACUUUUUAGGGAGAUGCAAUGGCAGAAGAAACUGCGAGAAAGUCGAUUUUUGUUCGGAGUAAGCAGCCGAAUGACUCUGUGGGAACAGAUUUCCAUCAAUUUAGCAAUCCUGAUCAAUUUGCUCGUGGCGUUCUUUUAUCCGUUUUCCGACGGGCCAGGUGAACUUGACGGACGUCUGUCUGUACUGGUGUGGCUGGCCAUGAUUGUCUCUUUUGUUAUAAUUGUUACCUUUCCUCGGCCGUCUGGGAUCAGGACGUUUGUAGGCUCAACGAUACUGAGGCUGAUAUUUUCCGUUGGGCUUGAGCCUACUCUUAAAAUACUAGGACUGGCAACCGUCGUUCUCAAAGCAAUAUUCAUAGUAAGUUAUGUUGGAAACCGGGGAACUUUUGACCAUAAUGUGCGCCGGCUUCUUUCGGACAGGAAUCUUGUUCUUCAUCUGAUGUACUUCACGUUUGGCUUCCUCGGGUUAACACUGCACACGUUCUUCUACAGUAUUUUGCUCUUGGACGUUAUCUUCCGUGAGGACACGCUGUUAAACGUGAUAAAGAGCGUAACCCGUAAUGGCCGGUCAAUUAUCUUAACUGCUGUCUUGGCUCUCAUACUCGUCUACAUGUUCUCCAUCAUUGGUUUCCUGUUUCUCAAAGACGAUUUCUUAGUAGAGACGGAUCCAACACCUUCUCUUAAGCUCGCAUCCUCAGCUACCUGCGAUGCUGAUAAGAGCUGCGAAGGUUCCAUUUCACUCUCGGAAACAAGCUCAGAAGGAGAUGACUCAGUAAAGGAACGUGCCUGUGAGACCCUAAUAAUGUGCAUCAUCACUACUCUGAACCAGGGGCUCAGAAAUGGAGGGGGAAUCGGAGACGUCCUCAGACGGCCCUCCAUGAAAGAGAACAUGUUCGUGGGACGUGUUGUAUACGAUUUGCUCUUCUUCUUUGUGGUCAUCAUUAUUGUUCUUAACUUGAUAUUUGGCGUCAUUAUUGAUACGUUUGCUGAUCUGAGGAGCGAGAAGCAGAACAAAGAGGAGGUGCUCAAGAACACGUGUUUUAUUUGUGGUCUUGAUCGGUCGGCCUUCGACAACAAAGUGGUAUCAUUUGAUGAACACAUCAACUCAGAACAUAACAUGUGGCAUUACCUGUACUUCAUAGUCUUGCUCAAAGUCAAGGACACGACCGAGUUUACUGGACCCGAGAGUUACGUCAGUCUAAUGGUCAAGGAACACGAUCUGGAUUGGUUCCCACGCAUGCGUGCUAUGAGCCUGGCCAUUGACGAAGGAGAAAGUGAGCAAAGUGAAAUUAAGAAUCUUCAGGAAAAGCUGGAAAGCACCACAAGACUGGUAUACACUUUGUCGCAACAACUCACAGAUCUAAAGGAGCAGAUGACUGAACAUCGCAAGCAGAGACAACGAAUCGGUUUGUUGGGCCCUCACUCUGCAUCUGCACUAAAUAACAGUCUUACGACUAACAACUUCAAGAUAUGAAUGUUUAUUUGGAAACAAGAAAGAAAAGUGAUCGACAGAAAAGAAGAGAGAAAUACCGGACGAUGAAGUGAAAGAGAUUGACAGUUGAACGGAAUCGGGCACUGCAACGAGCGUGGUUGGGUUGAGAACCCGUGCAACAAGGAUACUUUUUGUAACACCUACCUGUUUAUGGCCCAAGACAGAUAAUUCUCUCAUGAUUGAAUGUCUGAAGGAAAAUCUCGCACUUAAGAGACGAAGAAAGUAGCUUACUCAAUCUGACUUAAAAUCAGUAACGUUCUCAAAAAUAUAAAUUUAUAUGAACGUAACUUUUGACGCAAAAAGAAAUUUCAUUUCUUGAAGGUCUAGACAAAAUAUGCUUAGCUUGAUUUUUGGGAACUUGAUUAUUGCGCUUUGUUGAUUGCCCGGCUUAAGUGAGAAAGGUGUAGAGAUCAUCAUCUUUCACUGACAAAUAAAGCGUAGAAAACUUGGCGAAAAAGUUUUGAAGACAAAGGACAUAGUGCGGUUAUCUGAGACAGUGGUGAUUUGUAGAGUAAAUGGAUCUAUAGUGAUAUGCAGUGAGAUUUCUGGAAAACAUUACGAUCUUAUUGCCCAUAAUUUAAGAACUAGAUGUCAAGGUUGAAAUUCUUCUAAUGGUCUCGUUACAAGUCUUAUGACUCUGGUCGUGAGAAUUCAUAUGUAGAUAAACAAAUUUUUAUGGAU